AUGGCCGGUUCUGCUCCACCACAUGAAGUGGCUUUCAAAGAGCUAGGCCUCCGCAGUCAGGGCACCUCGUUCGCGCUGAGUGAAUCGCUCAGCCCAAGCAAACGACCAGUUUACUUGAAAUGUGAAGAAUUGGGACGGGGCGCUUUCGGGCACGUCAUAAAGGUCCUAGACGCUACUACCGGAUUUGAAUACGCUGGAAAGGAGUUUUUCCAUUCCAAAGGCUGGGAGCGUGAAAUUGAAAUCAUGCAAAAGCUUCGACACUUUAUCGACUUCAAGUUGCAUCCAAAACCACUUAUGGUGAUGGAAUACCUGCCGCUAGGAAACCUAAGCCGGCAAAACUCGAUCAGUCCGAUUGCGGUGGAAGAAUGGGCGGCUCUUCUACACCAGUGCUUGAAAGCUCUUGUAUAUCUCCCCGCUCGCAACGUAACGCAUCGAGAUUUGAAACCCGAAAACAUCCUCGUGAAAUCCAGGACACCGUUCUUGAUUCGAGUCGGCGACUUUGGUCUCGCCAAAGAAGAUAUCGACUUGAGAACACGGUGCGGGAAUUACCGAUACUCACCCCCUGAAGUUUAUUUAAAUCGGCCUUAUACGAGUGUAGUCGAUAUAUGGCAGUUGGGUGUGAUUGCCAUGGAAGGCCUCUAUGGGCUCCCCAACGGCCCUGGCGACCCCCCACCAAAAGACGUGAAAGAGCGACGCAAAACCCAACCGCAAUUUUUUAUCUGGUGCUCCAGCAUCAUCGAGGCAGCCGAGGACUGGGAGUCGGAUCCCAUGAUCGACUUUCUGAAAAGCCACAUGCUCAAACUGGAGCCUACAGACCGCCGGUCAGCGGCAGAUUGUUUGACCACGGCGCACGAAAUCGGCCUGUUCGAAGAGAUUGCCCUGCGGACAGGAAACCUCACGCCACGACGGGAACCGGCCCAGGUACCUGAUGACAUCGAUGCAGAAGAGGCGUCGACCAUCAAAGAGCCCUUGGAAGAGAUUGAUGGCACAGCAGCGAGUCACGAGGGGCACGCAUCGCAACCAUCGCAUUCAGGCCCGCGUGUUUCCGAGAAUGCCCCGCCUAGCACCGGAGGAAGACUCAGCGACCGCUCUGUGAAACGCAGACGGACCACAAACGAUUCCGAUCCCAGCCACAGGUUUCCAGGCUGA